AUGGAGACGGAUGACUUUCUCAAGCGUCUGGUGGUGAAUGAGCAGUCGGUUUGGAGAGAUCAGUUCUAUGACGGAAACGGAAACAGCUCACCUGAUCGCCCCGUGGAUGGCUUUGCACAUGGGGUCUGCAACACAGAUAACUUCAGCCUGCUCUCAUCACCAUCGACUACGGACCUUUUGGCUUCAUUGAGUCCUACGACCGACCAUAUCAUAUCAUUUGUGUCCACAGAUUUUGUCCCCAACACCUCAGACGACGAGGGCCGCUACGGCAUCGGAGCGCAGGCUGACGUGGGUCUGUUCAACCUGGAGAAGCUUCUAGAAUCCCUGCAGCCUGCCCUCUCCCCCAGCCAGCAGCAGCGGGCUGCAGCUGUGUUAAAGGGCUACGCUGGACUUUACCAGAUGAGAUUUCACCAGCUCUUCAAGGCCAAGCUGGGGCUACUGGGUGAGGAAGAGGAGGACGGGAAUCUUAUAGCCUUCCUCCUUAAGAUGAUGGAGGACACGGGGUCAGACUUCACCAUGACCUUCAGACAGCUCAGCGAGGCGUCAGUGCAGCAGCUUCACCGCGGUGGCUUCACUCAGGUGACGUGGGCUCUUCAUGACCUCUCGUCCCACCAGCUGUUCUCUGAUUGGUCGAGGUUGUACCUGCUCAGGCUGGCCAGACAGGAAGGCGAUGAUGACGAGGAUCGACGGCACCGGAUGAAGAGUGUGAACCCCAGGUACGUCCUGAGGAACUGGAUGGCUGAGUCGGCCACCAGGAAGGCAGAGACCAACGACUUUUCAGAGGUGGUGCUGUUACAUGAUGUUCUGGGGAACCCCUUCAUAGCGCAAGACGCUGCAGAGGAGACAGGCUAUGCAGCGCGGCCUCCGCUGUGGGGGCGGAGGUUAAAGGUCAGCUGCUCUUCCUGAUUGGAAGAACAUCUGUCAUUGUUUCAGACACACCGAUCUGCGUGUAUGAAACUACAAGAGUUUUUGUUUCUGAAAAUGUCAGUUGACCUCAAACUUAAAGGUCAGAGCCACCUGAGAACUCAUCAUUCCCUCCCUUUUAUUUCCUGUUGGACAGAAAUAUGGAGAACUUGGAUAUUUUCAUCCGUUACUUCCCCAGGGUAGGCUGAGCAUCAGAGGCUCUGUGUCCGAAUCUCUGCUAGCUAGCAUGCUAAGUGCCCUAACAUGCAACGUAGCAUAGCAUCCACAGGGAAUAUGUGUGUACAUUUAAGGAGAAGAUGAAACAGUAAAUUCUUAAUUAAUUUGCGAAAUGGAUCUUUAUGUUGACUAUAUUGAUACCAAUCGCAUAAACAACAAAAAUAAAACUCACCAUCAAAUCAGCCUGCAGAUAUUAUUUUACACUUUACUACACCGUGUGAAUGUCUGUUUCUUGUGUCAUGAUGCGUUGAUUUCACCGCAGGAUUUUUGGCACCAGAUUUCUGUCCCAUUUCAUGUGUUCAUAUAUCCUGUACAAUGUCCUGUGUUCAUAUCAAAAUCUGCCAAUAAGCAGUCAAUUGACCAUGGAGACAGUAAGAAAGGCCUGAUUGCGUCUAAGGAAGACAUUUUAAUUAAAAAUGAUAGAUGUCUGAAGGUUUUUCCAGAGCACUCUGCAAUCUCAUGAAGCCUAAAAUGUUUAUUUAUUUUAUUUUUUUUUUUUCAAAGCAACGCUUCUUCCAAGCGUUGCUUUGAUCGCUGAAACAUGUGCAAGGUGCUAAAAUUAAUUACUCACGUUUGUCAUUGAGCAUUCGCUUUCAUCCAAAGCGGCCUCCAGUGUAUUCAGACACAGGUCUUCAAGGUACAGGUUUGGGUUUGGCAUCCUGAUCAAGGAUGCCUACACGAAGGCUAUUGAACCCAGAACGUUUCCACUGGGAGUCUAACCCCCUAUACAGUCAUUGUAUUGAAUUGGAGGCACUGCUUAGACUCUCAGGGGCCAGGAACCAGAUCGAGUAAGGUCUGUGUAGGCGGGUAACGCCGUCAGCAUCCCAGUGGUGAAAAGAAACAUUGCACCGUGGCCCUCUGGGAGUGAGGUCAAGUGAGGUCUAAAUCACGAAACUGAGGUUCAUCCUUUCACAGUAAUGUACAGUCGGAUUAAAACUAACAAAUAAAAUGAUUGAAUUGAAAGCUAGAGAGAUUCGACUUUUCUCUUUAUAUUUAUUUAUUUUUGUUUAAAUUAAUAUUGAUAUAAUAAAAAAAAAACGUACUGGCAAUGAUGGGAAAGUAGAACAAAAUGGGGAACGACUUCACGUGACAAAUGAUUUAAGAG